AUGUCUUCCACCACAUUCAUUUGUAUUAUUUGUUCUGAACCCUUGACUUCUGAUAAUAUGUUUUCAAUUUCGUGUGGUCAUGUUUUUCAUGAAGAUUGUAUGACACAAAUAAUCUCUCAAAAAAAAUAUUGCCCUCAAUGUCGGAAAGUUGCAACAUUAAAAGAUGUUCGGCAAAUACAUUUACAACCUUUAGACAAUAUGCAGACUAAAUCUGAAUCAAAUAAAAUUAAAGUAAGGUGGAAGAUUUAGAACAAUUUUUGGGAUUAAUUGGAUUUAUAUACAAAUUUAAGAACUGAGGAAUAUUCUUUUAAUUCACAAAUUCCACCCUCAUCACCCCCAAAUACAUACUUUAUAUCUAUCUAAAUUCCCGAUCCAUCAGAAUUCCAUUAUAUCCCACAAUCCAUCGGUAUCUACAUAAAUCUCUAUCCCUGGAUAUACUUCUUGAUUACGAAAUAGACCCUGAUC